CUACCAAAAGGGGCGCGCUGUCUGCCCCUCUCCUUAAUUCAUAUCAACUAACAUGGAUGAGAAACUAUCUGUUCGUUUAGCCAAAGAACAAGACUUUCAAGGUGUUCUAGAAGCAUCUGAAGGUGUCUUUGAUGGCAGUGAUUAUCUUCCUUUUGUGUUCCAUCAAUGGCUGAAGACGCCUGGCAAGUACACGUUUGUAGGUGRGCUUCAUGGAAAGAUUAUUGCCUUCCAAGCAGCUAAUGUUAUUGAUGGUGGACAGACUAUUUUUUCCCRRAGUCUUCGAAUACACCAAGACUAUCGUGGUAGGGGAUAUAGUUAUCAGAUGAAUUCACAAGUACUAAACCAAGUACGUCUUGUUCACCCAGGAGCAUCAAAAGAACGUUUCAUGGCAUUUGAAAGCAAUGAAAAGAUGAAGCGUUAUUCCCAGCGACUUGGUCACGAAGUCCUUAUGAAAAAGCAGAUUAACACUUUUCAAAUACCUAAASAAAUGGUGGUUGAAUUUAGAGGCGUUUAUAAUGWCAGAAAAGAGCUACACGAGCUAAAAGUAGAGGAUGCUGCUGAGUUCGUCCUGAAACAAAGAAAAUACGAUCAUAUAAUACCCUGCAAAGUAAUGGUAGUUUUGAAAGAGCCUUAUGAAUUGAUGCUAGCCAAUGCUGACUUGCUUUUCAAGCAAGGUGACAAGAUGUUUACAGAUGUAAGUACAGAUCUACUGAGACAAGGUUUAACACCGAGAUCUCUCAGUCAUGGAAGAUUGGUUAACCGUGUCAAGCAACAAAGCUGGGUCUGCAACAUCUAUGCAAGUGAAAGAGAUGUAUUCAAAGCUCAUAUGAUAYGACAUGUGAUGGCUGCCAUUGAACAACUAGAGAAAACUGGGAGAAAAACUAGUUUAGMCGUUCAAAGCUUCCCAGAUUUAGAUUUCGAAAGAGAAGUCUUUAGAGAAGUUUUAGGCUUGCAAGCAGAGGWCACUGAUUGUGGAGUGUGUUAUGAAAGUGAAAUUAACUGAAGCCCUUGGGAGCCUUGUUAUUGCGAUUCCCAGUCACACGCGACCAACUAGACCUUCAUUACUAACGAAAAAUUUAAUUUGGGUGGACGUCAAUCAAAAGGGUUUCUAUCGUUUCUAUUGGUUUCUACACCAGGACUAAUGUGAAUACCCACGUGAACACGUGCAAAUGUGCAAAAAUCGUUGUCCUUAUCUCAUGCUUCUUGUCACUGUGAAUUUCUCACUCUGGAUAUAUUUUCUCAAAAAUGUCACAGGAUUCCGGCUCCGAAUCUUAACGCUUGAUUGCAAAGCUAUCGCUAUGGAUAUGAUUUGAGUUUCUUCAAGAUAGGAUAAGUCAAUACUGAUAGUUUGCAGUUAAAAGUUUGAAAUUCGAAGUCGGAAUCCUUAGACAUGUUUAAGAAACCCUUUUGAUUGACGUCCACCAAAACUCAAUUUUUCGUUUGUGAUUUUGGUUUCAUCUUGGUCGCGUGUGACUGGGAAUCGCAGUAAAUACAGUAAGCCGGGACUGUAAGUUAGAGGAAGAAUGGCGAGAUUCUCACGAGCGAGACACUCAGGGCCUUAAAAUAACUGAGGAGACUGAGGUGUGCUGUCUUCGUAAUUACAGCUGCAAAUGGUUAGACUUUCAAGUCUUCUCGAAUAAGGGCUUUAAACCGUAGGCCCUUACAACCCUUCCUAACCUGCAGUAAAUGGGAGACAUAAAAGAACCUGUUGAAUUAUUUGUGUAAGAGUAGAAUUAAUUAAGAGUAAGAUUGUCUCCCGGUUUAACAGCCUAUCCCAAUUUGGAAGCAUAACACUAACGUACUAAUUAUUCACUCAUGAUCGUAAGCUGCACGGCUGCUAAUAGCACCUUAAUAUGCAGCCCGUAAAGUCCUCUACUGGUCAUAAAUGUAAAGCGCAUUGAGGUAAUUGUGAAAUGCGCUAUAUAAGAACCUCCCAUUAUUAUUAUUAUAUUGAAAACUCAACACAUACAAAUUUGGAACUAGUUCCCACCGUACACCUUAAUUAAGAGUAUCCUAUUCCAGAUGAGUAGGGUUCUCGUUCCUAGACGUUACUCAUCUGGGAACGAGAAUGAAAAUCUGGGUCGAGUUGGUAUUGCAAUGCAUUGUGGGAUUGUUCAACAAAAUCGCAGAAGCACAGGUAGCCCAAUCUCGAUCUGUUUCUAUCAUAGUAAAUAUAUGGGGAUAU